CGAACUACAAAUGGUUCUUCGGCGCCGAGGUGCAUCGGGCUUCGAGGGAUUGGAGGCAGCGGGAAAUCACAUAUUGCUCUUGAAUUUUGCCGCCGCGCCGAGCAAUCCGGAGGCUACCAAGCUAUUUUCUGGAUUGAUGCGACAUCCACUCAGACGGCUCUGGUCAGUCUCGCCGCCGUCUACAAAGUUCUGUUUCCCGGUACAUCUCAGAGGAAUGACAAUAUCAGAUUAGGCGAGAUAAAGAAUGCCAUCGAGGAGUGGAAGUCCCCCUGGCUGAUGGUGUUUGACGGCUUGGAUAACUUUGAGGACUUCAACCGCAACAUUCGCGAAUAUUGGCCAAUGUCGCAGUUCGGCACCAUUCUCGUCACGAGCCGCCACCGGGAUGCGGAACUGCUGGGUGAGCCGGUCAAGGUGGACAAGCUGUCCGAUGAGCAAGCCGUCAGUCUCCUCCAAGCAAAGGCUGGUGACUGGGGCAGCGGCUACACCCAAGAAGAGGCCCUCCAGGUCGUGCAAGAGCUUGAUAGCCUGUGUCUUCCAAUCGUGCAGGCAGCGGUUUAUAUUAGGCAGCAUCGUCUGACUGCGGAAGGCUUCCUCACAGAGUAUCAUGUCCGGCAAAAGAAGAUUCUCGAAACUGUCCCGAGGGCUGCGCUAUGGGAAUAUCAGAAAAGAAAGGUGCUAUCGGAAGACGAGGUACGGACAGCCCUGAGCGUGUUCACAACAUGGGAACUUUCAUUCCAAGAUCUAACAGGCAGCAAAGACGAGCGGACAUGCAAGGUGAUGGCUCUGUCCCUACUAGCUUUCCUGGGAAUACGGUCGCUGACUGAUGCCCGCGAAAUAUUUGAGAAGCAUGCUGCCUCUCGCACGACACAUGCAGAGUGGCUUGUUAUCUUCAAGGAGAGCGGCGUGUGGAGCUCCUACGCUUUCAGGGACGUAAUCCACGAGUUUCGCGAUCUCUCCCUCAUCAACGAGGUCAACGACUCCAAGGAGAACCCCGAGAUAUCGAUGCACAGAAUCGUCCGUGACUGGAUUCAGCUCCGGCUUGAGGCCUCCUCUCAACGGGCCAUUACGAAAGAAGCUUGCUCUAUGACCCUCAGCUGGAUCGAAGACCCGCAGACGAAAGAGGGCUCCUGGAAACUCGACGAACCGUACAUGUUCAAGCAACAUGCGCUGAUCCCAAUGAUCAGUUGCGUUCGCAACUGUGAGAGGUUCUUAGAACCCGGCGAGACCAUCGGUCACGGCGAUUUGCACGACUUUGGCGUGCUCAUCUUUCAGUACUUCAUCAACGAAGGCUGGUACGAAGAGACGCUCGCUCUCGCGGGACCGGCGCUUGAACUCUCGGAAAACGGGCUAGGACGCUGGAGCAUCCAGACGCUUGAGCUCGUUGAAGUUCUUGCCGUGCUCCACCGAAACUUAGGACACUAUGCGCAGUUCCACGAGCUGGGCCAGUGGGCUUUCGAUGCUAUUCACAGAGUGCCUGAGGAGCCGGGCAAUAUUCGUCUUCGAGCCCUGAUGUGCCGCCUGUUGAGUCUCGCUGGCCAGGCUUGCGUAGAGGUGGCCAAUUACAAAGGCGGGGAGUGGUGUCUCGAGACCGCUCACGAGGGACUCAAGCAGUUUCUGGGCGUGGAUCAUCGGAGCACAUUGGAAGCGCAUCUUGCCUUAGCUCGAUACUAUCUGGUAGCGCGAAGGCUCAACGAAGCGAUGACUAUCUGCGCGCUGUGCUCCGCAUACUUCGACGCCACGCACCUUGGAGUAAUGGGCAAGGCAAGAGCCAGACUUCUCGCAGCCGAAAUCUACCUUGAAAAGAGGCAUUUCGUCAAGGCAUAUCGUGAGCUACAGUCUCUGCGAUUCCUCUGCGAAGUCUGCUACAGCCCACAGCAUCCCGAGCGUCACCGUUGGCUGCAUCUCCGGGGACUUGUUGAGAUAAGGCGAGGAAAGUUCAAAGCUGCUGCGGAGAUGUUCGAGCAUGUAUACCAAGUUCGAAAGCUGCAUCUCGGGGCUCAACACCUUGAUACCAUGCAAAGCCAAACUUGGUGGGCAAGAGCGCUCAUGGAGCUGGGCUCUUUCCAACAGUCCGAAAAGAUCCUAGACGAAGCACAGACAACACAUUCCGGGCUGCAAACAUUUCCGCAUUUGCUCUUCCCGUCCCCUACCCGCUUGCUCAUCGAACUCCACAUCAUGGAGGCUUCUUCGCACCGGCGAUGGGCCGAGGCAUUAGUCCCAGCGAGUAUGGCCAUAGCCAGGUUCAGAGGCGGUCAUUUACUCCUCCCGGCCUCGGAGUAUCCAAUGCUGCUUUGGCGCACAGCGCUUCUGACAUACUUAGCGCUGGGGCCACACCCGCCCUUUGCGAUAGAAUUCCCCGGCAUUGGAGUCUUCGAACCAGACCCGAAGACCAGCCUAGAGCUCCUCAUGCGUGUAGCCGAGCGCCUCGAUCUGCUCGAUGAUUAUACGGCCCUGAUACUCUUUUACUGCACCGCUCAGAACCUCUUCGCCCUUCUUGGAGACGAUGCCGCCGCGAACCGGUACUCUCUUAAGCUCCUGGAGACCGCGAUGCGCCAGCGCUCGUUGGGCAUGCCUGAUGGACCUGGUGAGGAUCUUAGCCACGCUAGUGCCCUUCAACGCCCGCUCCCAAGUCCGUUCGCCACUCUCUGUAACUGGUUGAUAGACGGCCCUCGCAUAAGUCGCGCCUACCUCCUUCUGGGGUAUGCACUGCAGAGAAACGGAGACUUCGACGCCGCGCAAACGGCCUACGAGCUUACGCCCCCGAGCUGGUACUGCGACAUGUGCCCCUCUCCGGAGACGAUAAACGGCCCAGUUUAUAUCUGCACAGCCUGCUCCGACACAGCAUUGUGCAUGCCAUGCCACGGGAUCUACCACAGCCAGGAAGCCACCGGCCACACUCUAGCGUCGCAUCGCGCCCCGGCUGGCUGCCACGGCCAUGCGUUCAUACGGGUGCCUCGUGACGAAUGGCAACGGCGCCCAGGAGCGCAGCCCGGCACGCACGAAAGCAAAGACGCGAUCGACGCCUGGCUAUGCCGUCUCCAAGCCCAGUAUUCCGUCGCCAGCUUCGAUGAGUCUGCGUCAAAGCGUCUUAAUGAGUUUGAGCUCGCCGACGCGGAAUACCGUGACGUGGCGGACUUACAGCCGUACGCUGCGCCGGAAAUAGAGCAGGAGCUCAGGAAGGGGAGAUUGGAGCGCGUCAAUGGCUGGUGGCAUCCGUCUGGCGAGGUGCCCCGGAGAGCGCAGGGGAACCCGGUGCUGGUUGAGCCCGGCAAUCUGAUUUUCGUGGGCGGUGUGGCGCUUGUGGGGGAUACGGUGGAUAGGGAUGCGAGGGACGGGGCGGUUUUUGAGGGCUCGGCUGAGGAGUGAGGGGAAGUUGCGAGGUCUUGUACCGUGGGUGUUGUUGGAAAAUGGUAGGUUUCUAAUUGCCAGCUGGCUGGGGAGGAGGGGUGGAUGAGGAUAUUAUAAGUGUGUGGUACUUCAGUACGAGUGGAACAGCGAACGUGCAGCUACGUUUGACA